CACUAGCAAGUGCAACAAAACGCGCGCGUUGCCGGCAACCGUCCGAUAUUGCAAUUAUUUGCAAAAUUUUGUUUAAAAAUUGUUUAGCUAAACUAAAUUAUUGUUAAUCGAUCGAUGUUUUUACAACUGUGAUUGGAAACAUGUCCGCCAGUUCCACCAGCAACGCGUGCAAACUUUUGCUUCUAGGGCGAUGUCUGCGGGCCGUGCUUCUCAGCGUGGCCAUCCAGUUCUUUCUGCUUACAGUCUUCCUGCUGUCUGUAAACUUCCAAAUACUGCAUCCACUUGCAUGGGUGACGGGAACACUGCGAUUGGUGGCCAGCUGGUACACCUGGUUCGCUAGCAUUCCUCUGUUGGCGUCGGUCGUCCUAUAUGGGAUCUCACUAAGUCAGCAGCACCUGUCGGAGCGUCCCUACUGCCCUACUCGAUAUAACUGGCUUCUGCACUACGGUGUACGCAAGCUGUUUUUUCUAGGCGCUCAUAUAAUGGUGGGAUUCCUUACCGCUUGGCUAUACACCGGGUAUCUACAAGCUGACUAUCAGCAUCUGCGAUACAAGUGCAUUGAUCAGGAAUGCGUGAGUGCUUACCAUGUAUAUCUGCUGGGCAUGGGCAUCACAGCCGGCUGCUAUUACUUCGUUUCCGUGCACAUGAGACAGGAGAUCACAAUUGAAUUCCCCGUAUUAGACCAAUCCCGCGCAGAAAAAUUCCGAGAACUAAUCUACUCCAGUUUGGCAAGAUCUCUGUAUAGAUCCAUACUGCCCGCCCUGAGCUACACCGCAUUCUUUUGGCUUUUUGGACGCACGAUAUGCCAUCAACUCAGUAGUAUUUUCUCUGUGGGUUUGGACGAGCGACUGGAGGGUUUCUUCGGAGUAGCCAUCAAUAUACGGCUGCUUUUCUACGGUUAUUUCUUAACCGCUCAAAUUUGGAGUAAUAUGCACCUCAUGCGCUGCUUCUAUGACAUUCUGCUAACGGAAGAUCUGCCUCUGGUGGUGACCAAGCAGCGAGCAGCCUUUGCUCAGGAACAAGAGGUGACUAUGGUUGCGGGUCUCGGAGUCUUCAACGUAUAUGUGGUCCAGUGCCUGGCUGCUCAUUUUUUUUACAAGUUGGCAUUGCGAAAGGAUUCAACCCAGCGAGCAGAGAUAUUCCAGCUUACGCAGCCGGGCAACCGGCCUGCAAACUGGCGCGCCCUGUGCGAUCAGUGCUUGAGCCUGCUAGGCAGCUUCACCGAUGAACUUACCGAGUCUAUGCAAAAGAUCAGUGUUCUUAAGGGCGCCCAAAGUCUACCAAUGCCUAAGAUCAGCGAGACCGUUUCAGCCAAUCUGAUGGCCGAGAAGCUGUUGCUUCGACAAUACAACCAAAUGCACGGCAUCCGACCGAUUGUGCCCCCCAGCCGCGAGGAGACAGUGGAUCGUCCAGCGGAUGGUAUCCGUCAUGUGCCCAACUGGUGUGACCGCGUUUCCAAGCAGUUGGAGCAGUCAUAUCACCGUUUGGUUCAGCGAAUUCCCGGCAUUGUGUACUUCUUUAAAGAACCCGAAGGGGCCAAGACCACAUUUCUGCUGUCAAACUCCCUGCCUUUGGUGUACAUGACACAAGGGCUAGCGCAGAUUUGCGUGGCUUCGCUAAAGGAGGAUCCAUACGGUGUAGUGCAAAACGAUUUAUCCGCUAUCAUUAAGGCGUUAAACAAGCUGCGGAACGAGUUGGAUAAGCUAAGUAGCGUAAUUGGCAAUAUUAAAGCACCCUGUUCCAGUUUCAAUGUUCUUCGAUGCGCUGUGCGACGCAGCCUGUAUGCCGUCUGCACCUCUUUCUGCGACUACCUCAGCGAACUCCUCCCUCCCGGGGAAGAAUUGAGGCAGUUACAGGACCUCGUCAGCCAGGAUUAAAACCCAUCCAUCACAUAACACACUCAUCUUGUACACUGUUUUGCAUCUCUUUCUUUAGUUGUUGUCUGCGGUAACAAUAAAAAUUAAUAAAUAUAACUACAAACGU